UGGCGCCUUAAUUCGAAGACAAUUUACGAACGGUUGGAUUACCUUUGAAACCCAUCCGGUUAUCUAACGAAUUCCUAUUUGUUUUAAAACAACUGGAAGCGAUUGAGUAGGAGGGCUUUGAGCCUCAAUACUUUCUUUGUAGUAAUUAACAACCAAUCAGCACCUUUUCUGGCCAAAGAAGAUCACGUCUAAAUAUAACUCGUGUCGUCAAACUGACUUAUUCAUAACACUUAGAUUACAGCAUCUUUUAGUCUCCGCAGCAGAUAUGUGGAGGAUGAAGUUUGGACUAAUUUUGCUGUUUGUUUUCGGUCAUUUUUUCAUCAUUGACGCCCUUGUGCUUCCGAAUUUUUAUCCCUUUGGUCAGGAUGAGAGCGAUCAGCUGGUUCCUACAAAUGACGAUGGGAGCUCUGGAACGAUACCGAUAUCGAUUCCAUUUCCUUUCUUCGACUGGAAUCACAAUUCUUUAUUUGUCAACACCAAUGGCGUAAUUUCUUUUCUGGUCCAAGUUUCACAAUACACACCGGUCCCAUUUCCUCUGGGAGAUGAUCGUCGACUUGUGGCACCAUUUUGGGCUGAUGUUGAUACAAGAAAUGGAGGAGAAGUAUUCUACCGAGAGACCACAGAUCCUAAUCAGCUUCAACAAGCUACUAAUGACAUCAGAAGCGCCUAUGUGGAUCACAGAAAAUUUCGGGCUUCGUGGUUAUUAAUUGCAACGUGGUACGAGGUGGCUUUCUAUGGUGCAGACGGGGAUAACAGAAAUAAAAGAAACACUUUCCAGGCUGUUCUAAUAACUAAUGGUAAACAUUCCUUUGUAAUUUUGAACUACAACAAAAUCACUUGGACCACGGGUAAAGCCAGUGGCGGAAACGAAACUGGGCGUGGAGGAAGACCAGCGCAGGCAGGCUUUAAUGCUGGUGAUGGCAUAAGGCAUUUUAACAUACCGGGGUCUUCCACAGCCCAAGUUAUCCAUAUUGGUUCCAAGUCUAAUGUGAAAAAGCCUGGACGAUGGAUAUUCCGUAUUGACAGUGCUAAGAUCGAGGCAGGUGGCUGCAACACGCGAGGAUCUCUUGUCGUGUCACCUCUCUCUGUAAUGAUGCUGGGAGGUGAUAAAAUCUUCAUCGCUGGACCUUGCUAUGAACCAUCGGAUCUGAUCGUUUGUGAAUUCCCAGGAGGAAAACUGGUCAAUGGAAGCUACAUAAACAGCAUACAGGCAUCUUGCACCGUGCCUAUGCUAGAUGUAACUGGCAGGUUGCAGAUCACAAUGUCUGUUAAUGGUGGAAAAAGUUUCGAUUUUAAAGGGAUAUUAACAUCAGUGAACAUCAAUAGGCUCACACCUCGCGUUGUUCGCCUGAUUCCGGAGACAUGGGUUGAAAACUCUCCUGUUAAGAUCUCAUGGGAUCCAGGUCUCCUCGGAGAUGACACCCUCACCGUGGCUAUACUUCUGGCUCGUUUCUCCAUGAAGGAUGAUGAUGUUUACUUUCAUAGCACGUUCUCGUUAAAAGCAAAACAGAAAAAUAUCGGAGAAAGUCAAUUCACUGUGCCAAAAGGCGAGGGACAGGGAGUCGCAGUUGGGGAUGGUCACUUUGUUACACUAGUGCAAGUGAAAAAGAUUUCCGGCAAUUCUAACAAUUCUCCAUCCGAGUGGAUCUGGAGCGAUCUGUUUUACUGGUUAAACUACGGGCUGGCCGAGCAAAGAUGCAUGUUCUGGUAUAAAAAACAGCCGAAUCCAAAAAUAUUUACAGAUGAUGCUUCCCUACUGCCUUGCCCUCAAACGUUUCUUCAAGCAAUGGCGGACCGCGGUCGAUUCACGACGGACGAAUAUUGCAAUCCAAAAACAGAGAAUCAUUGCGUUGUUUAUCAUUUUGGUGCCAAUCACUGCUUCAGGACAAACAUCGCAAGCGCUCAAGGUGCUGGACAGCAGUGUUGUUACACUGAACCUGGAAACUUGAUGGCUGGUCAGCCUAAUGGAGGAUCCAUGGAUCGGUUUCAUAUCGAGGCUGGAGUGCCAGGCUUGUCACAUUUCUUUCAAGACCUUGUUCCUUAUGUGGAUUGCUGCCUGCUCUCUGACAAUUGUGAACGUUACUUUGAUAAAAGGCCUUCAGAUGACGGUUCUCGCUACGAACCACCAAGACCAGCUACUGGGAACGGAGAUCCCCACAUGAUUACGCUCGACGGUGUUACAUACUCUUUCAAUGGUUAUGGCGAGUAUCAUGUCCUCCAGAUAGCUCCUACUGACUUCGAGCUUCAGGGACGAAUGCAACCUUUAAUCAAAGACGAUGGUAACCGCACUCGUGCUACAGUCUUUAAAGCGUUUGCGAUGAAGGAAAAUGCCUCGGAUGUUGUACAGGUCCACAUCAAUGGCCGCCAAGAGAUGGAAAUUUUGGUUAAUAGGGAUUUGGUGGAGUUCGAUGAACAGUUUAUGUUGGACUUUCAUGGUGUCACAAUAAUAAAGUACAACAACACAUCUAAAUAUUCCACCAUAUUUCACUCUGGAAUAUCCGUCACAAUCGAGAGAGUGGAGGAUCUUUUACAGUUUAUGCUUCUGGUACCACCACUGUUUAAGGGAAAUACAAGUGGUCUUCUAGGAUUCUGGGACGGUGAUCAACAGAACGACUAUUUGUUACCUAAUGGAACCACCUUAAGCUAUAACUCUUCCCAGUCAAGAAUUCAUCAUGAGUUUGGACAGCUGUGGAUGACAACCCCAAAUGAAUCUCUUUUCUAUUACGAAGUGGGAAAGAACCAUUCGUCUUAUAUCAAUAUGGAAUUCGUGCCGUUAUUUUUGGAUCAAGGUGACUUGAUGUUUGAGAACGCAACAUUGGGCCAGCAGGCUCGGGAAGUGUGUGGUGAUAACAUGCAAUGUCUUUUUGAUAUUCACACCACUGGAAGAGUCAGCAUUGGGGUGGCGACCAAACAGGCUGUGGAAUUAUUUGCUGCAGUUAUCGAUGAAACUGAGACACCAGGUUGCAUUCCAUUAGAGAACACAAUCAGAAAUGGCACCUUACAAAGAAAUGAAACUAAUAAUGGCGAAAUCAUCUACCGAUUCCAUUGUAACUCUGGUUUCUUCCUGAACGGCUCGUCUGUCAUAUCUUGUGUGCGGGCACAAUGGAAUGGUUCAACUCCGAGCUGUCUACCUGAUUGUACCUCGAUAACAGACUCAUUUGGAGACGGUACCGUGCGGAAAAAUUACAUGCAAGACGGGGAAGUAGUCUACCAAUUUGAUUGUAACCCAGGCUUCUCAUUAAAAGGCUCGUCUGUUCUAUCUUGUUUACACGGGGAGUUGAAUGGCUCUAAGCCGAGAUGCUACGAGACAGAUAAUGGUACACCAUGGUAUGUCAUCGUUGUUCCUAUCGUUGGAGCGGUUAUUUUCACAGCGAUCAUUGCGAUCAUUUACUUCACCAAAGCGAAGCAUAACCAAAGGAAUGCUGAUCCAGGAGAGAAUUGUAUGAAAGGUGUCACCUUCAGUAAUCCAGCAUAUGCGUGAAGCACUAAGAAACCUCAGAAAAACCAUCUGUUUUCUUGGCUUUGUGAUUUGGCAAAAUGUUUUAAUUCAGUUUUAUUAACAUCUCUGUUGAGUAUUCCGUUCGUGAAUGAGACAAGAUAUCGCGGUAAACGUACCUGGUUUACAACUAGAAAAAUGACUCUCUCUUGGUUUAAAAGCAAGAGAAUUUUGGCAACGGGUUCUAUACUGUAGAUUUCGACUUGUUUGUGCCUCGCAGUUUCAAAGUCUUGCGGUACGAUAUGAGCGACAUUUCAACAGUGAACUACGCUUUGACUGUAAGAUUUUCUGCUGCAGCAGAAAACCAUUAACGUAAUAUGGUUAUUGGUAGAGUUCAACACAUUCUGCUCAUGUAAUUUAUUACAUUCCUCUGUAUUCUUAUCAAUACUACUGCCCCAGGUAACUUAAUAAUAAUAAUAAUAAUACAUAGCUUACAUAGCGCAAAGCUUCUCAAAGAUCCAGCGGCGCUUUACAUGAUAGUGAUAGAAAAAUAUAAUCAAUUAAGAAUUAAAGUGAAUUAAAAAACUAGUGAAAAAUCGGUAAAAACAAAAGCUAUAACUUCCUAAAUAAAUGGGUUUUAAGUUUAGACUUAAAUGUUAAUAAAAGGUCCACUUGCCUAAUAUCAUCCGGCAGGGCGUUCCACAAAGUAGGAGCUCUAUGAGAGAACGUUCUGUAUCCGAAUGUUUUAAGAUUGCAUUUAGGUACCAUUAACUGAGUUUUUUCUUAGAAGAUCAUAGGUUUCUAUUAGGAAUGUACGGUCUUAACGGUUCACUAAGAUACAGAGGACUCAGAUCAUUUAAUACUUUAAAAACGAGUAGAAGUAUCUUAAAGUCAAUACGGACGGACACAGGCAGCCAAUGUAGGCUUCUAAGUACAAGCGUAACGUGAUCAUAUCUGAUGUUGGCUGUAAGCAGGCGGGCAGCUGAAUUUUGUACAUUUUGUAGUCUAUUAAUUUGUGACUGCUGUAGGCCAGAUAGGAGAACGUCACAAUAGUCCAAUUUCGACGAAAUAAAGGUAUGAAUAAGUAUUUCACACUGA